CAACAAGCGUACAAGAACACAAGAAAUCAAGAUGGCGGGUCGCGAUAGUCACUUCGCGGGCACCAAAACCCUCCCCGCCAUGAAAGUAAGGAGAACAGAUAUACGAAAAACACGAAAGGCAAUGAAAUACAAGGCAUUUGCUAAGCCAUUGACACUACCUAGUAUAGAAUUAAUGUACGCGGACUUGAAUGAUGUAAGUAGUUUGUUCUCGAAGAAGCAAGUUUGUAAAAAAGUUAGUGACUGGUUUACGAGCUGGAGGCCUUGGCAAAAACGGAUCUUAUUAUGUAAAAUGACUGAAAAAGUCUCUAAAAGUCAACUACAUUCACUCAUUACGACCUUAGAGCCAGUAUUUCAUAGGGAUUUUGUUCUUGAACUGCGUGGCUCGUACCCCACGAUAUUUUUAAAGCCAAGAUUUGUUCAUACCAUUUCGAGUUUACUUGGUGAUACUGAUCUGCGAACUUUGCGUCAAGACAAAGGAGAAUCCAUCGAUGCUGGAGAUGAAAAAACAAAGAAAUCACUAGGAAAACAAGAUUUAGAAACUCUUAGAAGAAUCUCAGAAGAGCAUGAUGAGUUAGGGGAUUGUUAUCAUGAAAUUGCGGUCGAAAAAGGUGUUGAAUACGAACAUGUAUCAGAAGUGGACGACGUAACUCUACCAAGUUUUGCUGUAACUCCAGCAGCAACGGUAGAAAUACGUCCUUCACGCCGACACGAACAUGCCCCUCCAUUUUUGAGACUCAGAAAAGUCAGCACUCGAAACUUUUUUCCGGACAGUAAAAUACCGAAAUUAGGAACUAUGAAAAGUGUCCUUCGUCCUGAAGACAAGAAGGUGUUUGGUAAGGACCCUGUAUCUUUUAAAUAUUCCAAAUGGUGGGAAGGACAUGAGGGACCAAAGCUCUUGAAUCCCAGACGAAGUCGACUGGCGAGGUUUUUUAAGGCACAGUUAAAUCAAAUCAAUCAGUGGCUUGAUGAAUGGGCUCCACACGAACGAGUUGAUAUGCUAGCCGAAGUCGUCAAGUGCUGUGAUGCAGAUUGUCUGAAUUUCUUUGCUUUAUGUCUCAGUAGAAGGUUGAAAGACCAAACUGGUAUAGAUAGCAUUCCAGAUGUUCUGCUUCGUAAAGUCUUUUCUUAUUUAGAUAUCAAGAGCUUAUGCAGGAGUUCACAGGUGUGUCGCCGAUGGAGGUUCCUAAGUCAAGAAAGUGGCUUGUGGCGAAGAAAAGUUAGAAUUUUAGGCUUUAAUGAAGGAAUAGUUAACCUGCCAAUGAAGAUAAUAACUCUCGGCAAGGGACACCUCGUGGACUGGAAACAGGCAUAUCAAGAAGUAAGAACAUUUUACAAACAGUUGGAAAGCAUGGAGACAAAAGAAGAAGUACAGGAAACUCAAGAAGAAGUAGUUGUCAAAAAGAAACCUGUACAGAAAUCUUUGGACGAGAAGCUGAUCGGCACUCCAUCACCAGAUGUUGUUAAACCAUCUAUCGUCAAGGAAGUACCUAAAGAAAGAGCUAAACCUCCUGCAGUUGCCAGUGGGCUUGGUCUAAUCGACAUUAGUGUUGUCCAGACGUUGAAAGAUAUUGGCCCCGCCCAGUCACCUGCAACAACAGACCAACGAGGCCACCAAGAUGAAUUUGAAACCAAAGAUGAAGACAAGAACGACUUGACUGGUGGGAAUCUGAAGAUGCUUGCAAAAAGCUUGCGUGCAUUAAUGAGAGAGAGACGUGAACCAGAGGAUAUUGCUUUAGAUGUUCGACCGACACUGGUGCAAGCUCUUAAUCUGCUGGAUGCCAAGCGCACCCCCCGCUCCAAAUUCCACUACAUAUCCCUAGCAGUUCAAGGAGUACUAGCAGUGCAGAGAGUUAAAAGACUGCAAGGUCACAUGGACGGUGUGUUGUGUCUGGAGUUUGAUCUUAAGAGAGUGAUAACAGGAUCAUCUGACAGAACAAUAAGGGUGUGGGAUGUGAGAAGUGGAAGAAGUAUAAGAAAACUCAAAGGGCAUAAGGGAGGUGUCCGUUGUCUUCAGUUUGAUAGUAAAAAGAUACUAAGUGGAUCCUGGGAUAUGACUAUCAUGGUAUGGGAUAUUGUAAAAUUUGAGUGUCUACGAGUGCUAUAUGGUCACAAGGGGUGUGUUUCUUGUCUUAAGUUUGAUGAACAUCACAUAGUGAGUGGGUCACAUGACCAUACUAUACGUGUCUGGGACAUCAAUACAUGGGAAUGUAUCAAAGUUAUUAAUGCACACGAUGGAGUCGUGAUGUGUCUUGAGUUUGAAGGCCAAUAUGUGCUGAGUGGAUCCUUAGACAAAACACUAAAACUUUGGGAUGUAGAGACUGAAGAAGUCUUAAGAGUCUUUACUGGACACAGUGAUGGUGUGACAUCUCUAAUAGUGGUAGGAGGUCUUAUGAUCAGUGGUUCAGCAGAUGGUAUGUUGUUUUUCUGGGAUGUUGAUACAGGCCACUGUGAGGCUGCAAUCCAAGCUCAUGAAGGUUCUGUUCAUUCUAUCUGUGCUUCUGUAACUGGAGAACACUUCCUUUCUGGGGGAGGGGAUAACUUGAUCAAGGAAUGGGACACUGCAACAUGCACUUGUUUACGGACGUUACAAGGACAUAGGGGUGCGGUGCUGUGUGUUAGGACAAAUCCUCGACGUAUUCUUUCGUGUUCUGGUGAUGGAACUGUCAGAAUUUGGGACCUCGAGAAACCUAAUCCAGAGGGCCAAUCUCGAAAUAUCUCAGUUCAAGGGAACAAUGUAGAUCCCGCAAUGGUCAGAGGAGCAAAAUGAGACAAAGGAAAAAACAGCAAGUUACCUAUAUUUUAUAGCCAAAUUAUAUUAUAAAUGAUUUCUGUAAUAUAAAAAAACAGAAAAAACAAAUAAACCUUGGUUGCUUUAUU